GUCAUUGGAAAUUUUCUCCCAAGUAGAAGCAUCAAGCUAAGCCUAAUAAGCUAUUUUGAUUUUCUUAUAGCUGUGAUGGGAGGUGCAUGAGGUCCUUUCAUGCAACUGAAGAGGAUGGUGAUUGUUUCUCGCUCGGUCUCUCUAAAGAAGAAGUAGAUGCAAUUGAAACCUUUAUUUGCAAGAAUUGCGAGUACAAACAACACCAGUGCUAUGCUUGCGGGAAUUUAGGUUCAUCUGAUCAGUCUUCUGGUGCUGAGGUCUUCCAAUGCGUAAAUGCAACUUGUGGUUAUUUUUAUCAUCCUAAAUGUAUUUCAAGAUUGCUUCAUCCGGAGAAUAAAGUUGCCGCUGGAGACCUUGAGAAGAAGAUUGCAUCUGGAGAAUCUUUCUCAUGCCCUGUGCAUAAGUGCUCUGUUUGUGCGCUCGGCGAAAAUAAGAAAAUAUGGGAACUACAGUUUGCUGUUUGUCGACGGUGUCCAAAAUCAUACCACAGGAAAUGCUUACCAAGGAAAAUCACUUUUGAAGGUUCUGAGGAUGGUGAAACCCCGACCAGGGCAUGGGAAAAGCUAUUACCUAAUCGCAUUUUGAUAUAUUGCUUGGACCACGAGAUUGAUGAAGAAAUUGAGACUCCUGCUAGAGACCAUAUAAAAUUUCCUGGUCUUGAAGAGAGUAGGCUUCCCAUUCAGAAAAGGAAACUUCCUAUCAGUGAUACAAGACGAGGGAAGACGAUAGUUUUUCGUGGGAGUAGGGAGAAUGUUGUAUCAAAGAAGGGAUCUAUGCCAGAUGACCUUCAGGGAAAAUCUGCUGCAAAAGUAUCCAAAUCAUUUGAGAGGUCCUCAUCUGAUGGGAAGCUUCUUGGUAAAGUGACUGCGAAAUCAUUGUGGAGUUCUGAGUCUAAAAAUGUGAAAUUGGGUAACAUUUCAAGAAACUCUUUGAAUCAAAAAGGAGAAUCUGUCCUCAUGGACAUUGAUAAGACGAUCAAAGUGAAAAAAUCCUCCUUAGUUGGCAAGUCUGCCAUACCAACCAAGAGAUUUGAUCCAAGUAAGAUUUACAAGGAGGAUAGAAGUGGGAUGCUCCUAUUAGAUGCCAAUUCGGAGAGGAGGUUAAUGGACAUGAUGAAAAAUGUUGCAUCGUCAAUUACUUUGGAAGACGUAAUUAAGAAGCACAAAGUCCCAUCUACUCAUGCAUAUUCUUUAAAACAUGUAGUGGACAAGACAAUUAAGAUGGGGAAGUUGGAAGGGUCAGUUGUGGCUGUUCGAGCUGCUCUGCGCAAGCUUGAGGAAGGAUGUUGCAUUGAGGAUGCAGAAGCUGUUUGUGAGCCUGAAGUUCUUAAUCACAUAUUUAAGUGGAAGAUUGUUGAUAGGCUUCAUUGGUACAUAGAGAAAGGCAAUACAGAAGAAGUUGCUUAAGUGAUUCUUAAAGAAGGGUAAGGAGAGGAUGAAAUCUAUUAUCAUUAAUCCUUCUAGGAAAGAGUAUGGUUUGAUGGUGAAUUACUACACAAGGAGAGGUGAUAUGAACGGUGCACGUGAAAUCUUUGAAAAUAUGCGAGCUAGGGAAAUAGAACCAUGGUCUCAUGUCUACACAAAGUAAUAACUACUCCUAUUUUCUCCCUUUCUUUCGUCAUAUGUUAAUUUGAUCUCAACGUUAGCUUAAUAUUUUUGCUUCAUUUAUUGACAUAAAGGUCACCAUUCUAGUUUUGAAUAUGGUUAAAGUUUGAUUGAUUUGUA